AAGUGGGUUGCACUUGGGCAUCUCUGCUCCGAUCGUGCGCUACGCAUCGUCGCAAGCCGCCGAUGCUGGUUCGUCUCUGCCUGAAAGAGGAUGACCAAGUAUGAAUGCAUUGAUCAUGUUCAUUAUGGGGACAAUCUUAUACUGGCACUGUUCUUGAAUAAGUCAUCAAAGAUUAUCUGUGAAAUAGACAAUGUUGGCAUAUUACCAUAUCCAUCCUUUCAAUCUGGCCAGUGUAAAGAUCAGCAACAACAUUUCCUUGUGGUGGCUUUCCACCUGUGGUUGUUUCCUACUAAUUUGUUGAUCAUCCUAUUAUUUCAAAGAGAUAAAUCUCAUGGUCUCAAGGGCUCCACGCUUAAGGAGCUAUCACAAAAGAUUCCAUUUGUUCGUGGCGAAGAUUUAUAUAUACAUAUGGGAGACUGCCUUUUAAUGAGUGAUUACAACCUUGAUCGUUUUCUCUAAUAUAAUCCAUAGUAUCCAUGUGCCGAUUUUGUCCAGUUGAUGUUUUACAAAGUGGUCAUUACCAUACAGAUAGUUGUCAAAACAAACUCAAUAAUUCAUAUUUGAAUCUCAG